UUUAUGUUUUAUCUCUUGACGGGGAGUGUUGUUUUAGCUUAUAUGUUCAUUUUGCUUCCCUUGUUUUGCCAUUGUUGACCAUGAUCCUCUCUUUUGAAGUUUAGCAGUAAUAUUAUACUUUUUUUUGGCAUACACUCGGUAGAAAGAAAACAAAUCCUGGGUCUUGGUUGCCCUGUGAUCUGAAUUUUUAAGGUUUGUUUAUUACUUAUUUUCAUAGUUUGGUUUUGGUUCAGUGGUUUCUUUAAGAUCAAUGGGUGAACAGCAGCUCGGUUCUUUUCUAGUAUUUGAAGUAAAGUUUAGGAUUUUUGGAUAAAGAAUGUUCUUGUGGAACCAUUUUUGCUGAUUUGGGUUGUCUUGUUUGUUAGAUUUCGUGGGUUUUUGGUUAAAUUUCUGUAAAGAAAUUGGGUUUUUUGCUCUUUGUUUAUUGGAUCAAGUUGGAAAUUUUGGAGUUGAAAACUUGAAAUCUUGCCCCCUUUUUAAGUUUCCUUGUUGGUGGGUCAAGAAAAUCAAGGAAAAUGAAGGGUAAAACUGGGAAUUUCUUUGUGUUGAAUACUGGAGCUAGAAUUCCAGCCAUUGGGCUUGGAACAUGGCAGAGUGGAGGAGACCUCUGCGUGGAUGCCGUGAAAACGGCAUUGUCGGUCGGUUACCGCCACAUCGAUUGUGCACAUCUUUAUGGCAAUGAGAUUGAAGUUGGGGAAGCAUUGGCCGAAGCCUUCAAAGUUUCUUUGAAAAGAGAGGAUGUUUUCUUAACCUCUAAGCUUUAUUGUACCAUGAAUUCGUUGAAUAAGAUCGAGAACUAUGUUAAGGUGUCUCUCAAGAACCUUGGAAUCACCUACUUGGAUCUCUAUUUGAUGCAUUGGCCUGAGAGCUCAGCUUUUGGAGAUGCAACCGAUCCUCCUUCGAAGUCGAGAAGCGAACAUAGGCAGUUUUUGAAACGGCUGAAGAAAGUAUGGAAAGCCAUGGAAGCCUUAGUUGUAUCGGGUUUGGUUAGAGCUAUCGGUGUAAGCAAUUUCAGUGUGCAUCAGAUCAAAGAACUGCUUAAAUUCGCGAAAAUUGUUCCUGCAGUUAACCAGGUGGAGUUGCAUCCUUUUUGGAGACAAGAUGAACUGGUGAAAUUUUGCCAAUCAAAAGGUAUCCAUGUGUCUGCUCACACACCUUUGGGAGUACCUACAUCAAGUCCUGGAGUGUCUGAUAGUGGAUCAGGUGGGGAAGAUGAACCCAGAACUCCUCGUAUUUCAUUUAGGAGGUCUCGGUCGGUACAUGGACCAAUGCUGAAAUUGUCGGUUGUUGGGGAGAUUGCGGAUAAGCACAGAAAAACACCUGAGCAGGUAAUUUUACGGUGGGGGUUUCAAAGAGGAACCAGUGUUCUACCUUGUAGCCUAAAGCCCGACAGGAUAAAGCAAAACAUCGACAUAUUCAAUUGGUCUCUAUCGGACACCGAGUGGAAGCGAUUGAAUCAGAUCGAACCACAGGUAUGUUUAUUUGGAGAUGGUCCUCUAAACAAUCUCUCAGACAGAGGUCUCAUGUUCGGUAGCGGUCCCCUUCAAGCUGUACGUGAGAUGGAAGAUGACACAGAAUGCAACGCCUAAAUACAUGCAAGCAUAUCAGUUUUAAGUCGAUCCACGUCGUCGUGCGGUUUAUUGUAUUGUUAGUGCUCCACCAUUGUUUGCAAUGCAUUUGAGUUCAUGGAAGAUGUAGAGAAAGUCAAAUGGAAGACAUUAUUAUAUGAUGUGACAGUUUUCGUUAUAAACAAAACAAAAUGGUGUUCCGCAUGUUUCUGCAAGCAGGGAUGGACUGUGAUGAGGAGU